UCCUCGUUGAAACAAAUCAGAAGUUGCGAGUGAGUUUGUAAAGUGUGGUCUUCGUGCAGAGAAGCUGCUGCUGAACUCAACACUAUGGGGAAAAUAGAGUGGGCGAUGUGGGCAAAUGAGCAGGCUCUGGCUUCAGGAUUCAUUCUCCUCACUGGAGGCAUUGUGGGGGUGGCUGGGCAGUUCAGAGGCUGGCAGUUUGCUGCAUAUGCAGUAGCUGCUGGAGUGUUUGUGUGCCUUCUUGAGUAUCCCAGAAGCAAAAGGUCAAAGGGAACAAGUAUGGCGAGACCGGGUCAGUACUGUUUCACUGUGUGUGUAAAAGCCUUUGGACCGCUGACGAGGAACUACUAUGUACGAGCUUUUCUACACGCAGCAGUGUGUGUGCCUGGAGGUUUCAUGCUGGCCACUGUCCUCGGAUGUGUCUGCCUCGGUAUUGCCAGCCUUAUCUACCUUGGAGCAGCUAUCCACGGCGAACAAUGGGUGCCCAUUCUUCCACAUAAGGAGGUUCGAAAGCCAAUGGACAGCAUGAAGAAUCCUCCUCAGAAUCCACCUCCGAGACCUCCCUUGGAGAUGCGCAGGAAACGAGUAGACGACCUGGAGGGAGCAGCAUAUGACAACCCCAUCCCUGUCGCAGAUGAGUAACCAGUGCGUGUGUCCCGUCCUGUGUUUUUGGCUUCCAGUGACUGCCUGAGAUCCUCAACAAUGAAGUUCUGUUAUUCUGGACAAAGUUUAGUUACCGUUGACUGGACGCCAUGUUCUGUCCACGCCUGUAUACCUCAAUAUACCUCAACCUGCAGAUAAAUGUGUUUUUCAAGGAGAGAAUUCAAAGGAUGAUGGGUAAAGUGCUCAAAGUGCAGGUGAAGGUACUGCAGGUAUCUAGCAAACAAAUGAUUUGCUCUGGGAAAAUAAAGAAAAAAAAAACAGCUAGACUUUUUAAAUUUGUUUAAUAAAACUUGAUAUCCUACUUCGUUAUUCAAAUUUUAAUGACAUAUGUUACAUAGGGAUUCUUACUUAUGAGUAAAAUUGUAAGAUCAAUAUUGAGAAUAAUCAUAAUUAUUUAUUGGUAACUUUACUUUCAUGUAACCUCUGAAACUGGGGAAGCUCUGCUGUGAGGCUUAGUUCAUGCUACAAGAUUGUCAGCCCGAUAAUCUGCUUGCUCUCUACUUAAUCAUCUUAUGAUUGGACGUCUGCUACAAUAUUCAACCUAAAGAUAUGAAACUGAGCUAAAUUACUUUGCAUUUAAGAAAGUGGUGUCGUGUGCACCUGGCUUGAAAUCUUGCGUCGACGAAACUGAUGCAAAUCCCAUCUGACACUGGGUGAGAGGCAGGUUUACACGUUGGCCAUGUCAUCAUCACCCAAACCAUUCACACUUGCAUUCAUACAGGAUGAGUUAAGUGAAUAUCAAGCUUAGUGUUAAACAAAUCAAGUGCCAUAAGUGAUACAUGUUAAUGCUGUAGCUGCUUUAACUCCAAUAUAUAAAUGAAGUAAAAGGAGUUUAUGUUGUAUUUUUUACUGCUGUGAUAAAAGUGUUUUUCCUCCAACCACCAUAUACUGUAUUUUAAACUGUGCUACAUCCACUGUAUUGCAUUGUAAUGCACAGAUCUAAGAACAAAAUAUUGUCAACUGUAGACAGGAUAUUGGAUUGUGUUUUUAUCCAUUGUAUAUUUUUAUUUUUUUGAUGCCAAAUAAUCAGAUUAUUGUCGGACUGUACUCUGUGCUGUUUGCUAGGACUAAAGUGACAGGCUGAGUGAAUUCUGUACCUUUUUACAGUCUUGUAAAUAAAUCCAUUGUACCCUUUGAA